UCGAUCUCACAAACUGUGAGAUCAUGACCUGAGCCGAAACCAAGAGUUGGAUGCUUAACUGACUGAGCCACCCAGGCGCCCCCUAUUUUUAUUUUUUAAUUUGAGAAAUUGGUUUGUUGUAACAUUUCUAUGAAAUUAGUAAAGCAUUUUGACAGAACUCUUUGACAAAAGUGAUGUCAAGGUAUGCAGUCAAGACCACUCCUUGAAGGAGUUCACAUAGCCUCAGGGGCCACAGAGCCGAUCAGUGGAUCUGGAACUCAGCAGUUCCUCCCAGGCUGGGAGUCCUGUCAGAGCUCAGAUUUUACAGGUGGAUGGAGAUCUUACCCUCAGCUGAGCUGCUUUAAAACAUAUAUGAUUUCAGAUUUAGCUACAAAAGAAAACUGCACUCCAGACCCUCGACAGUAAGUAUAAUUUUGCAUUGUCACUCAAUGCCUUACUGAGCCUUGCUUGAAAAGAGAUCAUAUUUCUGGAAGGUUGCCUAAAGGAUCUGUAGUUACCCAUCCUUCUAUGUACCCUAUAAUCUGAAUCUAUACUCCCUGGAUUAAGGUUACCAGAUAAAUUACAAGACAUCAGUUAAAGUUGAAUUCCAAGAAUGAAUUUUCAUAUGAAAUUGAUCUGAAAUUCAAAUUUAGCUGCGAAUCUUGUAUUUUUAUUUGCUAAAUCUGAUUCUCCCUAUGCUGGUGGGCUAUUGUGCUUUUCUGUGGUGACAUCUGAUUUCGUUGAAUUAGUAAAAAAAAAAAAAAAGCCUGUGAGAAGGAUGCCCUAUAAAUGAUUGGUCAGCAUCACCUAAUUUAGAAUCAACAAUCUAUCCUCUGCUCUCAACCAGCUGUGUGACUAUGAGUAAGUUCCUCAACUUCUCCAAAAUUUCUCCAAAAUUACCUUAGGUAACGUGAGAAUAAACCAUAUCAAACUCUUUGUAUUUUUGUGCAAAUCAAAAAGUAGAAGAAGACUCUUUGGACUAGAGAAGAAUUCAAUAAAUGGCAACAUCUCAUUGUGCUUUUUGAAACGUGGAUGAUACUCCAAGUCCUCUCGUAAUGAGCACCUCUGAAGGGUAUUUCUCCACCCUCGCCUUCAGGAAAGAUGUGCCUUUAAUCCUGCUUCCCCACCCACCUAGACUUAACAGACAUUUGUUUGGUGGAUGGACACAGGGCAUUUUGGAACUGAUUUUAUUUACCUCUUUGCAUUAGCUACUUGACAGCAUGGAGACUAAUUUGGGCUCUUUCUACAGCAAGUACGUACAUGGGAUAUCACAACAAGGAAUUUAUAAUAAUCUCUUCCCUGUUUUUGAUACACUUUCUUUUUAACUAUAUUUUAACUGUCUGUAUUAUAUGCUGCUUUGCAAGUAUUCAACGUUUACAUUUCCUGAACAUGGGCUGAGUAUCUCUUUGAGAAGGGCAGGGAGAGGAAGAGCUCUGGAGGGGUAUUCAGGUGAAUCAGGCAUACUCCUUACUUAUCUUAUGGGGUUAGAACGAGAAGGGACAAGGGAAACACUUCACAGAACCAGACAGGGCUGGCCCCAGGAGCAACUCUGAGCUCUUUUCUGCAGUGCUUCCUUUCCCAAACUUACACACCACCUCCCAAGUCAUCUGAGCUUCGGUUUCUGCAAACUAAGGAUGGAGAAGAAGAGCUCUGAGGUCUUUCUCAGUUCUCAUAGCUGGAUUCCAAGCAUAUGCUCACAGGGACACUGCAGAACUUCCAGAAGCCUGGAUUCUCCUGCCAGCAGCACCACCGACCUUUCUCACUUCCUUCAUCUGUACCAUCAGAGUGACAAGUGCUUCAUGUACCACACAAGCGCUGGGGAGGCGGCGAUUGCAGUUUCUCACCUGCUGUUUGAACUCCUGCCUCUGUCGCAGAGGCCACCAGGGUGGAGGAGGGACGGCCGCCCCCGCGCCAGCCUCGGGGACUCCCCUCUGAAGACCUUGAAAAUUAACAAAAACCAAAACCAAGAAAAAAAUAGCAGUGCCCUUUAUAAGGCUGUGUCAACCUUCACCAGAGGAAACAACACGUUUCAUUCUAUCCAAGAAACAUGUAUUUCACGUCAUAGCAUCACUGCAGUGGAAGGGGAAUUUUUCUAUCUGAGAUACUGCUCAUCAGCAUCCGAGCGCGAUAGUGAAAAAAACACCAUAAAAUGGUACAAGAGCAGUGGAUCACAUGGACGCAUUGAGCUAAAUUCAAGCAGUUCCCCCAGAAUUACUUUGCACGAUUAUGUUUUGGAGUUUUGGCCCGUUGAGUUGGAGGACAGUGGAUCUUACUUUUUCCAAAUGGGAAAUGAUACUCGUAAAUGGAAAUUAAAUGUCAUUGGAAGAAGUAAAGGCAGCUGUUUUGUUGAAAAACUACUAACUAGUAAAACUGUAGAAGUUCAGAAAUCUUUGCACGUAACCUGUAAACAUGACUACUUUCAACCAUUGGCCAAUAGAACUUCACUGUAUAAGAACUGUGAAAAGAUAAACAAUGGUACAAACCCAGUUUUACAGAAGAAUGCAGAGUUUGAAGAUCAGGGAUAUUACACCUGUGUGUUUUCCAUCCCUCAUAAUGGAAAACUAUUUAAUGUCACCAAAACCAUCAACGUAACAAUCGUUGGAGAUCGCAGUAAAAUAAUUCCUGUUCUUCUUGGACCAAAGCUUAACCGUGUGAAGGUGGAAUUAGGAAAAGAUGUAAACCUCAAUUGCUCUGCUUUGGCGAAUGAAAAGGAUCAGAUUUAUUGGAACUUGUGGGAUGAAAAUGGAAAGGAGCCCAAUGUACAUGAAGAGAAUGUAAAAAAAAAUAGGACUCUGGAUGGCAAAUUGUAUGUGUCAAGAAUGUUGAAAAUUGAGAAUAUUAAUGCAAAAAAUCUAAAAUUUUCAUAUAAUUGCACUGUAGCCAGCGAGGGAGGCACAGACACCAUAAACUUCGUCUUGUUGAAAAAAGAAGAUAUGGCUGAUAUCCCAGGCUACAUCUUCACCAGAGGAAUGAUUGUGGCUGUUUUGAUCUCAGUGGUAGUUGUGUGCCUAGUGAUAAUGGGUGUCAUUUAUAGAGUUGACUUGGCUCUAUUUUAUAGACAUUUCAUGAGAAAAGAUGAAACAUUAACAGAUGGGAAAACAUACGAUGCUUUUGUGUCUUACCUAAAAGAAUGUGGACCCGAAAAUGGAGAGGAGCACACCUUUGCUGUGGAGAUUUUGCCCAGGGUGUUGGAGAAACACUUUGGGUAUAAGUUAUGCAUAUAUGAAAGGGAUGUAGUGCCUGGAGGAGCUAUUGUUGAUGAAAUCCACUCAUUGAUAGAGAAAAGCCGAAGACUGAUCAUUGUCCUAAGUAAAAGCUACAUGUCUAAUGAAGUCAGGUAUGAACUUGAAAGUGGACUCCAUGAAGCUCUGGUAGAAAGGAAAAUUAAAAUCAUCUUAAUUGAAUUUACACCUGUCAGUGACUUCACAUUCUUCCCCCAAUCACUAAAGCUUUUGAAAUCUCACAGAGUUCUGAAGUGGAACGCUGAUAAACCUCUGUCGUAUAACUCAAGGUUCUGGAAGAAUCUUCUGUACCUGAUGCCUGCAAAAGUGGUCAAGCCUCGUGGAACUGAAUCUGAAGUCUUCCCUGUUCUUUCACAGUCCUGAUCUUUAGAAAAGCCAAAUGUAAGAAAGAGCCCUUGACGCUCUGGGCUCGGAGCGGAGGAGCCUAUUUUUAACAAAGGGCACUAUUAAAAAUAUUUGGCUCUCUGAAAAUCUUACUUACAGUCUGAAGAUGAAAGUCAUCACUAAGUUGCCAGAGAUAGGACUAAACAUUGAGCUGUGGUCAUGUGCUCCCAGUGGAACCCAGAAUUCAAAAGCAACAGACCUCUUCUGUUUCAUCCUCCUCCGUAACUGUCUACAGGUGCUCAUUCUCAAUCCAUAUUCAGCAAUGGUGAGGCUGGGCACAAAGCAAAGGAACUUACGCCCUACAAAAAGGGUACAUCUUCACGUUUUUAAUGCUCAUGAUUGAACUAAAGGAUUUUAAGUUCAUGAAGUGGCAUUUUCUUUUUUUUUUCAAUAUAUGAAGUUUAUUGUCAAAUUGGUUUCCAUACAACACCCAGUGCUCAUCCCAAAAGGUGCCCUCAAUACCCAUCACCCACCCUCCCCUCCCUCCCAA